AGGGGUGGAUCUGGAAAUCACCAAAGUUGAGGGUCUCUCUCCUCUCUCUCUUUCUCACCAUUUCCUUCCCUCACCACAAUUCGCUCGCUGCGACUCAUCAUCGGCGAACCUCACCUCACCGACGGCAAUCCAAGCCUCCCUCUUCCACCCUAGCUCUCCUCCUCCCGUCGAGAGACGUCCACAUCCUCCUCUUCCCCGCCCUCCACUGGUUCUGGACUAGCGUGGAGUGUAGAUCCACCCGGACUCAGGAUCGAUUUCUUCUUCUGCUGGCAAGAAACCCUAACCUAGCUUGCUUGGACGGAUCUCCCCCCCUUUAGUUAGUCGCGGAUUUGUUUGCUGCGUGGUACCCUGAUUGUCUACUCGAUUAAUCCAUGCUUCGAUUAGGUUCUUCUUCUUCGUCGUCGUCGUCUUCAGCGCGCAAGAUUAGCCCGCCCGAGGUGCAGAUGCGGUUUAGUUUCCAGAAUUUCUGUUGAAACCCACAUGCCGCUCGCUGACCGCCGCCCUUGAGUCCUCGUGAUUUGAGGGUAGCGCCCGAGCUGUUAGAUUUGGCUUAGAGGCGGGCAGCCGAGGUCCUUGGUGCUGUGUCGAGAUGAGCUCCGAGCCCCCAGAACCCAAGACGAAGAUGAGGAUAGUGUACUCCAGGGAUUUUCUGCUGUCGUUUGGCGAGUUGGAGCAUUGCAAGAAGCUGCCCGCCGGCUUUGAUUCGGCGCUCCUUAGUGAGCUGGAGGAGCUGUCAUCAGGUGUGCUUGAGAGGAACAAGGGCUACUACAAUACUCCCCUAGGAAGGUCAGAUGUGUCAGGAGGCUAUACUUACUCUUCUCGUGGCGGGAACUCAGGAGGGAGGUGGGACACUCGCUCGACUGGAUCAAGCGACCGGGAUGGGGAGUUACCUGACCGCGAGUCUUUAACACAGGAUAUGCGCAGUGGAAACCAAUUCAAACGGAAUUGGCAGAACACGGAGCAUGCCGGCCUACUGGGAAGUGGUGGUUUCCCUAAACCAUCAGGAUAUGCUGGACAGUUGGCAUCGAAGGAUCAUGGUAAUGCGUAUCAGCUAAACAGGACUUCUGAACGUUACCAGCCACCACGUCCGUUCAAGGCUGCUCCCUUUUCACGGAAAGAUAUUGACUCAAUAAAUGAUGAGACAUUUGGGUCUUCUGAAUGCUCAAAUGACGACAGAGCAGAAGAAGAAAGGAAACGGAGGGCGUCAUUUGAAUUGAUGAGGAAAGAGCAACAUAAAACCAUGCAAGGAAAGAAAAAUGGUCCUGAUAUCCUGAAAGAAAAUCCCAGUGAUGAUAUCAUUUCACAGUUACAGACGUUUACUGAAAAGGCAAAUGCCAAAACCAAAAAUGAGAAGCUAGAUGGAUCUUCAGUUCUACCAGCUCCCGCAGCCAGGCCACUUGUGCCGCCUGGUUUUGCAAAUGCAUUUGUGGAGAAAAAGCUUCAGUCACAGUCGUCCAACAUCUCACUUGAACCAAAGGCUCACAAUGCAACUAGUGAGGCUAACAUGGCGAAUAUUGCACGACUUGGUGGUCAUCUAGAGGGAAACCAGUCAGCAGCAGAGAUUGCUGCAUGUGAAAGCAAAGAGAAGGGUAUUUCCGAUAACAUUUCUACUAUGGCUCAAAAGCACAUGCUUCCAUCUGUGGGUGUUACCUCUUCGACUGAAUUUGCUUCUAGCAAACUGCAAGGGAGCAAAGAUUGGCAAGCUGAUGUAAUGGAUAAGUAUUCUAUUGAAAAGGAAGGCAAAUCAAAAAAUAUUGAUCCAGUUAGGAAGGACAAUUCAAUCUCAAUCUUGGAACAGUUCUUUGGCAAUGCAUUAUCAAAAAGUGGCAGCAAUGUACCGAUUUAUGUUGAGAGUCAGCCACUGAAAACUGAUGACCAUAUGAUGGUUUCUUCUUUACCAGAAUCAUCCAAAUUUGCCCGCUGGUUUCUUGAUGAAGAUUUGAAACCUGCAGAAGACUUAUCUUCAAAGAGCCUGCUCUCCAUGAUUGUCAAAAAUGAAAAUUCAGGGCCAGAAGAUAUAAUUCACACUCCUUUAUCUGAUGGUGCUGUUCAGAAUUUAUCACCGAGAUCACCUAUUGAUAAAUCUGAUUCUGCAUCCAAGCUUUUCUCAUUUACAUCUCCUACACCUGCUGAUGGAAUCCUGGAACAGUACAACCGUUCUGAUGUUCCAGAGACGGUUCCAGUAAUGAUGACGUGUGAGGAUCUUGAGCAGACGAUGCUGGCUCAGGUUAAGAGCAAUAGCAGCUCGACUCGGGAAAAUGCUAUACGGGAGCAUCAGACUGUUGUGGAUGAGUCAAUUGCCACGCAGAAAGUUGCUGUAGAUAAUCAUGCAUCACAGCAUCUUCUUUCAUUGUUACAAAAGGGACCAGAUAAUAAGGGAUUGUCGUCGUUGGGUUUCCAGAUAGGAUCAGCUGAUGAACUGCAGAGUGUUGACGCAAAUAUAAUGGCCAAUGGUGGGAUAUCUACAAGUGAUCCAGUUAAUAAGGCUGAAAAUGUUCCUACUUCAGAGAAGAACUUGACACUGGAAGCAUUAUUUGGGGCUGCAUUUAUGAAUGAGCUGCAUUCCAAAGAUGCACCAGUUUCUAUUAGAGGAUCUGCACCUGGUGGUCGUAAUGAGUCGUCUUGCCAUGAAGUAUACUACCCUAUUGAACCAACCCUACCCUUCAAUAGCGCUAAGGAUGCUGCUGUUCCUAAAGAAUCAGGAAUUGAGUUCAGGAAUUCAGCACUACCUGGUCCAAGUCAGGGAAAUGCUAGCUUUGACAAGAAAGGUUUGGAAAUUCUACUGCCUGAAGAAGAUAAUUUGUUUACAAUGAAUGACUCUCUGCCUAUUCACAAUUCUGAUCUUCUGCCAUCAGUGAAAUCCAGUAGGGUUGAAGGGCUGUUGCCUGAGAAGGCAGUUGAUGGUCUCAGUUAUAGGUUUCAAAGUCUUGUGCCUGGCGACGCAGAACACAUUCAAGUACUUGGUCCUGAUGCGCUUGGAUCUCAUUCUCGCGAACAGCGUUAUCAGGUUGAGUCUCAGAAUCUUUAUCGCCUACAGGGUAGACCACCUAUGAUGGCACCUCGUCCUAUGAUGGAUCGCAUUGUUAAUAGAAACCAGCAAUCCCCAUUUGACAUGCCACAAUCGAUACGACAUGAUCCCCACCGUUCUUUCCCAACUAAUGUGAAUCCUAUGCAACAUAGUCUACAUGCUCCAGGGGUCCCCCACUUGGACCCAGCUGCCCAUCAUCUUAUGCUGCAACACAUCUCCAUGCCUCGUAGUUUUCCACCAGAAGGCUUGCCAAGAGGUGUCCCACCAUCUCAGUCUCAGCCUGUGCAUCACAUGCGUGGUUAUAGGCCUGAGAUGAGCAAUGUAAAUAAUUUCCAUAUGCACCCUCGCCAGCCCGGCUAUGGAGAAUUUGGAAUGAUGAUGCCAGGCCCAUCAGGCCCAGAUGUUGGAGGCAAUCAUGCAGAGGCCUUUGAAAUGUUGAUGCAGAUGGAGAUGUCAGCCGCCAGAUCAAAGCAGCAGGUGCACCCUGCAAUGGCCGGCCCUGUACCCGGUGGGAUGUACGGGCAUGAGCUUGACAUGAACUUGAGAUACAGAUGAUGGAGACGAGGUCGGUUGUGCGAUCCAAGGGAUGGAGAAGCGUGGUUUGUUGUAUGUGUGUCAGUACUCGUCACAGAAAUCGCUGUGUAACUUGGUUUAGCCUCUACAAUUGACAGACACAGACAUUGGGUUGCUGCAAGAUGGUUGUUUCUCUGGUAGUAGCGUAGCAUGUAUGUACUACUAGUUAUGCAAGUCUGGUCUGGUCUGGUCUACUGGGGAAGGGAAUGCAUGCUGUCGUCGUAGCAGCCACCUCUGUAAUUCCUACCCGUUUUCGAUUUUGUAUAAACGCUAUUGAAUUCUGCAAAAAAGAAGAAAUUCACAAGUGACCUGCUGCUUGCUUGCAAAA